AUGGCGAACGUUUCCUUGAACAUUUCUAGUGAAGAUCAAGCCGUUUCAGAAAGUAUGCAAGAAGUAACUCAAGACUCAGUGGCUUCAAGCAGAAGAAAUUCUGGUUCGAGUAAUUCAUAUACACCAGGCCCUCGAUCAUCAACCCUACGACCUCCAAUGCUUAAAAAAUCACGUCUACGUAAAACUUCUUUUCAAGGUGAUCAAGUAGCUCCAGAUAUGCGCCCAGUAUUACAUCUUUUUGAUGUUUUUUCAAGAAAGCUCUAUAUGGAAGGUUAUCUAUGUAGGCAGGAUAUUUUAUCUAAUAAAGGUCAUCAAUCUACUAGUAAUAUAUGGUCAGAAUUUUACGCAGAAUUGUGCGGUUCUAUUCUAAGUCUUUGGAAAAUAGAAAAUAACUUUGAUUCAGGUCAGCCAGAGAUUGCCCAAACUCCAAUUAUUAUAAAUGUAUCUAAUUAUUCCACAGAAAUUUGUUCUCCAGUACUGGAUGAUGGAAUACAGAGGAAUAAUGUGUUUUUACUUAGUGCUGGUCCAGGUGACAAAUUUUAUCUUCAGGCUGCAAAUGAUUCAUUACUUAAUUUAUGGGUUAGUGCUAUUCGCUUAUCAUGCUACGAAAGCUCGAGAUUACAAGAAGUCUACACUGCAACUUUACUAAAACGCACAGGAUUGAGAGAGCUUCUUUCUGGUACAGUAUUAGUAAAAGGUAAAUUAGAAGGUUAUCUUCAAGUACAAUUCACUUCUACUGAUGAACCAAAAAAGUAUUGGGUGGUCGUGUCUGAUCAUCGAGCCGAAGACAAAAAAAAGAAAGCUGACUUGGCUUUCACAAGAGGGCAAGCUUUGUUCUACGAAACAAAAAAAUCAAAAAAACCUUUUAUGACAUUAGCCAAUGUUCUUAAAACUUAUGCAAUCUAUCCAGAAAAUCCUACAAUUAUUGACAAAACUAUUUCUUUCCGUGUCGAAGGAAACCUUUUCCCAGCAAAGCAAACUGAUAGUAAACCUGGAGAUUUUGUCAAUUUAUCGGCCGAGUCUAUUAAUGAAAUGGCAAAAUGGCUGAUAGGAUUUUUCGAUAGUUUCAAAAUGUAUGGUCGACCAAAAGAGUUAUUAUAUGAUUUUAAAGAUCCAAUUUCUCCUUUCUUUGCUGUCCCAACUGGAAGAAAUAAUGUAAAAUUAUUUCUUGAUCUUCACGAAAUAGAACAUGUAGAUAUGCGUGAACCUUUGGCUGAUGUUAAGGCUGCCUUUGCUGAAGUGUUACGACAAUCAUAUCAAAAUCAAGAUGGAUCUCAACAAACUCUUUCUGUUCCUAAUCAUCAACAAUCCUCCAAUAUUCUAAAGACAUUGAGCUCAUCACCACAAAUUGUUACUGACGGAUCGAAUGAUAAUUAUAUUCGUCAAAGAGUAUUAUCAAGUGAAUCAUUAUCUUCUGGUCCUAAUUCACAAUUAACUCAUAAAAUAUCGACACAAGCAUCGCAUUCUUCACCUAUAUUAAGUUUAACGCAAAGCACUUCAAAAGAGUCUGUAUCGUCACUAACUAAUAAUGGAUUGACAUCAGGUAAAGGCAAAAAGCUUAAGCAAAUUGCAAGUAGUGACGAAUCGGAGGGAGAUAACGGAAAAAAUAGGGACCAAUUGGAAAGUGAUAAUGAGGAAUCGGAAAGUGAUGAUGGAGACGAUUAUAACGAUUAUAACGAUUAUAAUGAUCCUGCAGUUUUAAAAAAUACACAAGAAAAUGCAAAGGUUGCUAAAGAACAUAGUGAAAAUAAUUUAACUCUUACAGUUGAUGAACAUAUCAGAUUGGGAUCUAGUUUUAAUUCUUUGAGUGGUGGCGAUCUUAUGUUAGAGAUUAUGAAUGCUGUAACAGAUCGCAACGAUACUGUCAAGUCAUCAGAGGAAACUAAUGAUGUUUUAAAGAAACAACCUAAAACUAAAAGAAACGUAUCGUUCAAAAAUCUGUCUACAAAGUCGGGCAUGAACCAUAAAAAAAAAAUUGCACCACUUCCAUCGGAAAGUGAAGAUAAUGAAGAACUUUCAUCAGUAGGGACAAAGAGUGAUGAAAAUGAUAGUGACGGAAGUAGUGAAGACAUAUCUGUAAACAAAAACGAAGAUAGGCAUGCUAAUGUCAACGUAAAUAAAAAGCGCAACACAGGUAAAAGACAUAUAAGGACAGCCCCUCAACCAUCGGAUAGUAGUGAUAACGAAGAAGAGGAAUUGAUGGAGGAAGAUCAACAGUUACCGAAGCCAUAUGGAUCCAAUCGGUCGAAAUCCCAAGGCAAACAAGCAAAAGGAAAGAAAGAUGAAGAAGAAAUUGAUUCGGAGAAUGAGGCGCGUGUAGUUCAACCGCUUAAGAAUAAACCUGGUAAUCAAGGUGAUUUUAAAGGUUCUUCACAAUUUAACAAAAAUUCAGGAGUCCAACAACGAGAUAAUUAUCAAUUCGACUUACCUAAUGUAGAUGUCAAUCUAGGUUUAGAUUUCAAUUCACUAUCUUUUAAUGCAUCAGUUACCACUGAAAAAAAGGAUCUUAAAGCACAAGAAUUGACUUCAGAGGGAGAAACUUCUGAUGAUGAAGUUAUUAAUAGGACGAAUAAAGUAUUUAAACCAACUAAACGGAAUAAUAAACUGAAAAUAAUAGCCAAUCCAUCAACGAAAUCAAGUGACGCAAGUAGCAGUGAUGAAGAGAAAGAGCCACUUGCAAUAUUAGUCGAUGAAGUUGGAUUUAAUAGAUCAAAUUUCGGUACUUCUUCAAGGUCCGCAUCUCCUAGUUACCCUCCAGGUCAACGAUGGGGUCAACAUCAAAAUUACAAUGGCUAUUACGCAGAUAACAUGAAUUAUCAGCCUGCUGAUAAUAGACGAAACGUUUUUAAUCACCGUGGUGUUGAAUAUUAUGAUGAUGAUCAUAGUAGCUUUUCGGGUAGUCGACCUCGGUCAUUUAUUGGUCCUGGACAUAUCCCUUCAGGUCGGCGUCGUGUAAGUGGUGGGCAAAUGGAUUAUUCGGAUGAUGGGUAUUCAGACGACCGUGGAAAUCUAUUCCCACCACCCAACCAUUUUCGACCGAAUAGUCUUUUGGAUUCUAUGCCUCAAUCACAACCCUCUGCACGUGAACAGGAGCAAAUGGCUCGUGAAACUGGUGCACCUUUAAUUAAUUUGCAAGAAAAGCCAAAAGAUCCACAAACUGGAUUGGUGGGUGCCAUUACAGCGAGAGAGCAACACAGAAAAGCUAUAGGGUCUGGGUUAUUAGCGAGGAAUGCAGAAAUAGAACGUGAAAGAGCAUUUGAUAGAGAACGCGAACGAAGGUUGAUUGAACAGCGUCAGCAGAUGAUGUCGGAAAGAGAAAGAGAUUAUAUGCAUUCGCGUCAGUCACACAUGGGUCCAAAUAGAUAUUAUGCUAAUCAGCAGUAUUUGGAGCCUGUUGUUGGACAGAGAGGGUCAUAUUAUGAAAGUUAUGGGACGGAUGAUGGUUAUGAUGAUGAUAUACCAUUAGGUAUUGGUGGAUCUGCCGUAUCUUCAGGACAUUCAAGACAAUUACGUGGCACUCGAAAUGCCGGUAGACGUCGUGAUAUUGAUUAA